UUUACAGACGAAAUUCAAGAAGUUCAAGGAAUUAGUUACGAAGUUUCUUGUCAUCACUUCACUCAUCAUAAUGGUGAAAGCAAGAAUUUGGACUUUAGCCAAACAGCCAAUUGGUGUACCCAGGAAGGAAGACUUUUCCUGUAUUGAAGAAGAUGUUUCUGAGUGCAAGAAUGGAGAUGUAAUUGUUGAGGCAGAAUACUUGAGUGUUGACCCUUACAUGUGUUUCAUGACCAAGAAAGUCCCUUUUGGAACUCCUAUGAUUGGCACUCAAGUUUCACGGGUUAUUGAAAGUAAGAAUCCAGCCUUGCCUGUGGGCAGCUAUGUAGUUGCACAGGCAGGUUGGUGCACACAUGCUCGUCUAACUGCUAAGAGUUUCAAAAUUGACAAUUGGUUCAAACGAUCUGAGAUACUGAUUGCUUUGGAGCCUCUUCCAAGGAGCCUUGGUCUAGGAGUCAUAGGCAUGCCAGGAAAUACAGCCUAUUUUGGAUUGCUUGAGGUGUGCAAACCAAAGGCAGGGGAGACAGUGCUUGUAAAUGCUGCAGCUGGAGCUGUUGGCAGUACAGUGGUGCAGAUUGCAAAAUUAAAAGGCUGCAAAGUGAUUGCCUUUGCGGGAUCAGAUGAGAAGGUGGCCUGGCUAAAGGAACUUGGAGCUGAUCAUGCUUACAAUUAUAAAACAAGCAGUGUUACUGACCGCCUCUCCCAAGCAGCACCUGAAAAGUUAAACUGCUAUUUUGAUAAUGUUGGUGGAAAAUUUACUGCAGAAGCACUACCUCACAUGGCUGAUUAUGGAAGAGUGGCGGUGUGUGGGUCAAUUUCAAACUACACUGAUGAUCAUAACACAGAUCCAUACUGUGAUCCUGUUGUGAGAGCUAAGAAACUUCACAUUGAAGGUCUCAAUGUCAACCGCUGGUCAAACUGGACUCAAGGGUUAGAACAGAUGAAGGAAUGGGUUCUGCAGGGCAAAAUUAAGUAUAGAGAGACUGUGUAUGAUGGAUUUGAGAAAAUGCCUGAAGCAUUCAUUGGUCUUUUCUCAGGGGAUAACAUUGGCAAGGCUGUUGUUAAAGCAUGAGGAGUGGUUUUCCUUUUGACAUUGCAUGUGUUGCUCUGUAUUUUUUUUUCUGAGGAUUGAUGUAAUCUUUUAUUUUAUGUAUUUUAAUAUUUCAAACAUUUUUGCAACAAUGUUUUUGCUUUGUUAGAUAAAAAAUAGGGAAGUUUGUUACAGACAAAUGGUUUUCAUUCAGUCAUACUGUUUUAGAAUGCUGUAUACAAUACAGAUGCUUUAUAUUUAUUUAUUCCCAAAAACAAAAUUUUAUGUUCACACACUCAUGCUUUGUUCAGAACUGCUUGUCCUGCUUAGACGGAUGAACAAACUAGUCAGAGAAAAAAGUGGGACUAUGUUCAAGUUGUCAAAUUUGACCUUGAUAGAGCAUAUCACAUUUAAUGAGUAUGGUUUAUUUGUAAGCAAAGAAGAAAGUGGAUGUUACAUAAAAAUGACUUGUGUGAUUAAACCACAUUAUUGCCUUUCAACUGUUUUCAUAUUUGAACAGGCUGGACAGAUUGUCAAUUAUCUUCUUGGAGCUUAUAUAUGUGAAAACACAUAUGCAUUAAAAUGACCUGUAUGUGCAGCCUCUCUUGGCUUGUAGCAGUUAACUUGGGUAAGUCCAUAGCUAUUUUCAUUCUGGAACUCCACAUUAAGAGAAAAUUACAUAAAAAUUAGACUAUGGCAUGAACCAUGUUUGUUUACUUGCUGAAAAUUGUGGGGGACAACUGGAUGAAGACUUUGAACAUGAAAAACUAUUCCCUCUGAGUUGCCAAGUCCUGCAUCCAAACUGGACAAGCAGUUCUAAAUGUAACAUUACUGACUUGUUAAAUGAUGUAUAGGGGUACCAUAUAGAAUUGUUUAUUGCUAAUCAUAAUGAAAUCUAAUCAUUGCCUUACAUUUUCAUAUUUUAGACUGCAAAGUGAUGAAUAGGGUAUAUGAGACUUAUGCAUGUUCCUUGAUACCAAAGACUCCCCAAAGUAGCCUUUCUAUCACACAGAUUUAUACUGAGUAGAUAGUCAUAAAACUAUAGUGGAUUGUUUUACUGAAUGGCUGGGGUGGCUUCUCAGAUGCAUGGUAUUGCAUCUAUACAGGUGAUCCUUUUUUACUGGAUGUUGAGUUACAGAGACUUUUCUUUUAAUCUCACUAUUGUUAAGUUAUAGGAAGUUGUUCAAAUCAAGGGCAUUACUGCUUUGAUUGAUAUUACCUUGCAUUCCCUCAAGAAGUUGUUGUUUUAAUUAAUGCCUUACAGACUCGCAGAAGGAAUGGAUUUGAUGGGACACUCUUAGUAUAAAUGAUUAAAGAUCACAUUUAUGACAGAGUGGAGUGUCUGGCAAUAGUGAAAGGGAGCCACCCAACUGUAAGGUCUGUGUUACCAAUGAAUUCCUAACUUUAAGGAAUGAAGAUCUUGCCACAGAAAUUUGACUACUUCACUUCAGCUAAAUCGCAGCAGCACAAUCAGAAGCAGACGAACAAACCAGCAGUAUGAGUGUCAUGAAUUGUUUCCAUUAUUGUUGUUCAUUCUGUAAUUAUUUGCUAUAGAGAUGUCCUGUGUAAUCUACACUUGACAUGGAUUUUGUUUGGUGUCUUCUCUUUUUUUUCUGUUAUCUGAAAUUAUGUAUGAAUAAAAAAAUACAAAAGCUUAAUGUUUAUCAAAUUGAUAAGGAUAUCAACUAAAGAAUGAGUUUGUAAAGUUGUAGGCUGAAAAGUAGUGAUACAAGAAGAAUUGGUUGCUGAACUAGAAGAAAUAUGGUGUAAUCGUGGCUGUGAGAAAUUAAGAUUAUUUAGGUGUAAGUAAUGAUGGUUGUGAUAAACUUAAUUGUAUAAAGGAAAGAAGAACCUUGAUCUCUGCAUUGUAGUUCAAUAGUAUUAACCAAUUGACACUGAGGUGGCAUGGCAUGACUUACAUGUCACUGAGAUUUUAGCUCAUUAAUUGUGUUUACAUGGCUACUAUUUCUACCUAUCUCAUUUGUUUAAUCCUUUUUUGUGAUUUUUGGAAAUUCUUUUUUAUUUUUUUAUUGUUGUUAAUAUUUCAGAUACAUUAUAGUAAUCAUAAUGUCACUAAUAGUAUUACUGGUAUUAAAAUCAAUUGCAUUAGAUAUUUUUUCUUCGAAAUUCUUGGAAGGGGAAGAUCAAGUGAGAUGACAAAGGGCCUACUAAUUGACUCCUUGAUGGCUGAGCACUUGUGAAGCCAUCUGCAUGUAAACAAAAAGCACAAAACAAACCUACAGUGGAUGGUACAUGUACCCAGCACCUAUGGGUUAACAGUUAGAAAAUUCAUAAUUAAAAUAAGAGAAAAGCUGUGAUUUUAGAGAAGUUGAUUUCAUGUUGGUUAUAUUUGUGCAUCUACAGCUGUGGUUUUGGGGGUUUGCACUAACCUCCUGGUGCAUAAGGUACCGCAGAUGUGAAUGGUCAUAAUUAUUGACAUAUUGUAUAUGUCAAUAAUUUAACCAAUGUGUGAUGCAUCAUAGCAGAGGGUGGUUAAACCUAUACAGAUCUGGAUUAUUGCUUUUCUUAAAUAAAAUGAACUCCACAA